CACCGAAGAUACCAAAGACACAAAGAGAAGAAAGAAAGAAAGAAAGCACCAAACGGUAGGAUUUUCUUUCCUAUAUUUGUUCCCUACAAAAUUUAUUUYGACCGUUCUGGAUCAGAGAUAGRAGAGAACGCAGCUCAACACARCGCAACGCWGCACAUUGCAACGACGAGAACAGAUAUCCAUCCAUCCACACCAACGACGAUCAUGGCUUCGGCGGCGACGACGACAACARCCGCUGCUCCCGCGAAAAUGGGUGCCGGGACUUGCUUGCUCUUGCUGGCAGCCAUCGUKCACAAUCCUCUGUCGGCAUCGGCCUACGCCCCCCCUAUGGGAAAGUCGRUCGCCCAGAGGAUACCCUUCUCCGCCCUGCCACAACAAGAAGCUCCGGAAUCUUCCGCUUCUGCCUUUUCCGGGAGAAACGGGAACGGAUCGAACCGACGAUUCCUCCGGCCUCCACCGGUUUCUCCGACGGCGCUGUAUCACAUGGGACACAGCCACUCGCAUUCGCAUUCGCAUUCCCACACCCAUUCGCACGAUCACCACCACGGUAACUCCAGCGAAGGGAAAGCCAUCGACCGAAAGCGCGUGGUCCGCAAGCUGGCCCUCGUGCUCUUUUGCUGGGUGGCAACGUGCGGAACCAAACUGGUGACGGCGAACGCGAGCGCCAGCCUCGAGGCAAACCGGAAAUUCGUCGGCCUGGCCCAGARCGACUGGAUCUCCUUUGUCGUCACCAGCGUCGCCCUGACGUCGGCCAACAAAAUCACCCGGGCGAUCCAAAAGUCCGUGGACCGGUUCCGGUUGUUUGUGGACGGCAUACGGAAGCAUUCCUCGACGUCGCUGGAGGCCUCCCACGACCACAGCCACCAGCAAGCCCUUUCCUCGGCGGCRGACAAGGCCGAGGCCGAUCGGGUCACCUGGAUCGGYGUGGCGGUCAACUUGCUCCUCUCGGUCGGCAAGCUCUGCAUCGGAAUCACGGCGCACUCGAGUGCCCUGGUGGCCGAUGCGGGCCACUCCCUCUCCGAUCUGGUCAGCGACUUUAUCACGCUCUGGUCCGUCAACGUGGCCCGGCUGCCCCCGGAYGAGGACCAUCCCUACGGCCACUACAAGUUCGAGGCGAUCGGCUCCCUCUUUCUCUCCCUCACGCUGCUGGCCACCGGCGGGUCCGUCGGCCUCAUGGCCAACAAGCAGCUCAUGGAGGUCCUGCAGGCAUCGGCGUCCACCCAAGCAGCCGGUGCCGCCGCUGUGCAGAUCCCGGGACCCCUCGCCCUCUUGAUGGCGGGGGCCUCGAUCUUUUCCAAGGAGUGGCUCUUUCGCAUCACCAAGCAGGUCGGGGAACGCCUGCGCAGCCCCGUCGUCAUUGCCAACGCCUGGCACCACCGCUCCGACGCAUACUCGUCGGUCCUGGCCCUGCUCAGCAUCGCCUGGGCKAUGAUGGGAUUUCCGGCGGCCGAUGCCGCCGCGGGAAUGUACGUAGCAGGACCCAAURCAGACGCCGUCGCAGCGCAACGCAAAGCAGCGCAGCGCGACACACGAUCUAGSACAAAACACUCACUCAUCCGUGUUCGUUUGUCCUUGUUUGGCACUCUYUUUUCUUCUCUUUGUUUUUCCCAAUCYCCGCGYGUUUGCCUCUCUGACUCGAUGUUGUGGGAACUUUGCGGUGCAACAGCCUGGUGGCCGGAAUGAUCUGCAUGACGGGGGGAGAAAUCUUGGUCGAAUCCGUGAAGCAGUUGUCCGACAGCGCCGACUCCGCUCUGCAGAGCGAAAUCCAAGAAAUUCUCAACGAGCUCGACGACGACGACGUUAUUUGUACAACGAGCGUCCGAGCAAGACAAAUGGGAUCGGCGGCCUCCGUCGACAUUGUCGUCGAAAUCCCUUCCGUGCUGAGCACUACGGCUACCAGUGCGGUCGAGGAACGGGUUCGCCAGCGACUCCUCGGAGAACUGGCGAAGAGGCGGGGGAGCAACCGGGGAUCCUCGGCGGGAAUYAUAGCWACCGUCAGCGCGAAACCCUACCUCGAAAUCUCGCCCCGCAUGGACGACUACGAGCACGACGAAUCGGCGUUUGCCAAGCUCGCCUUUGAAAAAUUCGACAGGGACUCGGACGGGAAGCUCACCAUCGACGAGCUCAAGCUGGGACUGGAACGAACGCUGAAUAUUCAGCUCAGCGACGAGCGCGUCCAGAGACUCUUGGAGGAAUUCGACGUCAACAAGGACGGGUACCUCGACCUGGAAGAGAUGGUCACCAUCGACGAGUUCCGAUCCAAGAUCGAGGCCUUUUCGAGAGAGGGGGCCGCGAAUGCGCARAACACAAUGCCCUCUACMUCGUACAUCGAGCAACAGGUCCGAAACCAGGCGCAGCUSAUGUACCCYAGGGUCCGGAACGUGGAGGGUGUCACCGUUCACUACACCUCCCAGAACUCGGUCACGGUCGACGUCAACAUCCGGAGCAGCAGCACGGYKCUGGAAACCGUCCGGCAGCACGCAAAGGAGUUCAAGAGAAACCUCGAGACGGAGCUGGACGAAAUCGAGUCCGCGMGGGUCUACCUCGACCUGAACGAGGACGACAGCACCGAGGCAGAGGCCACAAUCAAGGAACCCGCCGUCCAGAAACUCGCCCCCUGAGAGCCGCGUGACGACGGACCGAACCAGGGUGCGACUCUGUGACCACGACCGAUACGGCACACGGUCUCUUCCAUUGCUCCCUGAUCGCAAUACCAACACAAAAGGGUGGAAGAGAGCACAAGGAUGAAUGGGUUCACUCGACUCAAUAUCGGUGGAAUGCAAUGCGUGUGUUUCCAGUGUCAAUAGCACCACGAAUUCGAAACGAAAUGGCUUUUCGCUAGAUCCCYRGACCCGUGAAAGAAACGAAUUGCCAUGGCGAAUCGAGAGAAGAACACCCGUGCGUAUUCUGUUGUUUUUUCAAACGAAUAAGGCAAUCUCCUUCCGAUUCAUCAUCGUGCAGAGUACGGUCUAAAGUCCAUAAUAGCUCCGAACGAAUAAAUCUCAAAUAAUUUU